AUGUACAAAGAUUUUCUUAAAAAAAUCAAACGAUACCUAUGUAUCAUUAUUUUCACUAAUAUUGCUAUAUUAGCAAUCACGGUACCACUUCUUGUUUACUUUAUAAUUCAUUCUAAAAAUGAUGAAGUUACACCAGUUAAUAUAUCAAAUACAACAACUACUGCUGAAAAUCAAUUAACAAAUGGUUUUACUACAAAAAUAAGUACAACAAAUAACAACAAUCAAACAUCGACUUCUACUCAAUUAGUCUUUUGGAAUAUAGAUAAAUCACUUAACACUGGACGAUCUAACUUUGGAAGCGUAUUAUUAGCAAAUGGGCAAGUUCUUGUAGCUGGAGGUUUACUUAAUUCCAAUACAGAUUAUUCAGGGACUGAAGUUUAUACAUCAACCGGAUGGCAAGUUGCAACUUCGAUGACAGGACCACGUGGUUUCCAUACUGUUACUGCUUUUGCAAAUAAUACUAAAGUAUUAGCCGCUGGUAGUGCAGGUGGAUCGAACGCUUCAGGUAUAAGUAUAUCUGCAGCCGAGCUGUAUAUUCCAUCAUCAAACUCAUUUAUUAACGCAACUAAUAUGAAUAUAGCAAGAUGUUGUUUUACAAGUACACUUCUUAGUGAUGGAUCCACUGUACUUGUUACAGGAGGUAUUAAUGCUGCUAAUUCUCUCAUUACAAUAGCAGAACUUUAUAUUAAUGGCUCUUGGAUUCCCCUAUCCAGUAGUAUGACUCAAGUUCGAGCUUAUCAUGCUGCUGUAUUAUCAAAUGAUGGAACUGUAUUAAUUGCAGGCGGAGGUAGCGGUACACCAAAUGCAUACUCAAGUGCUGAGAUUUAUAAUGCAACAACACAAAACUUUAUAGCUGUUGGAUCAAUGCAAUAUCGUCGAGGAGGAUUAACACUUACACUUCUACCAUCAGGUAAAGUAUUAGCAAUUGGUGGUGCUGAUUGGACAUCAGAUACAUAUCCACUCGUAUGUGAAUUAUAUGAUCCUGUAACGAGAACUUGGUCAAAUGCACUGAUGUUGAAUUAUGGAAGAAGUUUUCAUCAAAGUGUUUUAACAAAUACUUUUGUAUUAACCAUGGGUGGUACCAAUGGAACCAGUAAUAGACUUACCAGUUCUGAAAAAUACAAUUUAUGA